CAGUUUUUAACGACAAAAAGCAUACUUGGUGGAGCGGUGUGAGACAGUGCCAUUAAGAGCCGCUGGGUUCGUCAUCACCUUCUGCUAAAGGUGGACUGACGUUCUCCGUCCUCUUCCACCGUCUCCAACAUUGUUCACAUACAAUCUCAUACUUAAACUUUUUAUAAUGCAUAUACAUUGACACGGCUGCCAUGUCUCAUAUGAUUUCAUUCGUUCUAUCAUGCCUGUUUACAAGGCGAGAGAUGGGGUGGGUUCACCAGUUGGAGGAGAUGGAAUGGAGAAGCAUAAAGUUCCUCACAAACAUCAUAUCUUUCCCACAACACCAAGUUCCUUCUCCGGAAGAGAUGAACCACCAGCGGAAGAAAACCCUGGAACGAAAGCUCCAAUCAGCUAAACAAGCCGAGUCUCGUGAUAGACGCAACACACCUUAUCCAACAUUCGAGUUCUCGAGGAUGGGAACGCAAGUUGACGGUGUCUGGUACUGCUGCUGCAGACAUGAAAAUCAGCUCGUCCACUAUCACGGCGAUCAUCCCUUCAAGUAUUUAGAUUGCGGCUCCUGUGGCCAUAAACUGUGCUCCAAAUGUUUCACAUCCAACAUCUUGGCACAGAGCGUCUUAACCCAAUCCGACCCAGUUCCAGUACCUCCAUUUUCACAAGAGGAGGUACCUUAUGGUCAAAUUUGUGGGGGUUGUGGCCUCACGCAUAGAGCGAAACGCGUCAAGAACCAUACCUUUGGACACCAAUUAGCAGGAGUGAAGUUUGGAGACAUUAUUUGCCCGUGUGGCAGAAUAUCAAGUGAAGACUGGUUUCGGUUUGGUAUUGGCCGGAACGACGAUUAUCGACACGAUCCAAACAAUUGCUACGUUCGAUCUCUAGACAAGAGGAUUCGAAGGACAGCGCAACAAUUUCGAGCUCAAGUUUCCCACCAUGAGACUGGCCCUCCAGACUACGAAACGCUCCCACCUCGUCCGAUAUGUCGCCGCCAAGCUCCAAAGGAUGUCAGUGCGGAAUCUCUGCCACCAUACAGCAGCCAGGAUCCCUUCCCACGACCCGAGAUACGGAGGGUAGUCACUGCCCCUCCCAUGGAGCAGUUCUCCUUGCAACGGCGAGGCGCGAUCCGCUACAAGUCUGAUACUUAUCGUCGAUAAUAGGCUAGAUGGGGGGAACAAUACCACUCAGCAUGAUGCACCCGCCUUCGUUUAUGUAAUAUGGCCCAAGCAAGGGGUUUUUGAGUGGAUAAGGAAUGGGUUGGUGUACUGAUAUAAUUAAUAAUAAUUGAAUAAGCGUAUGAACUCUGAAAACCCUUCCGCGAUAGCUUACAGACCCAAUGAAGUUAAUGAAACCGUAAGCUUCUCUCCGCUAUAUUUUAGAGUUAGAGAAACUUG